AUGCCAUGGCCCACAAUGCUGCCAUUUACAUCGACACCAGUGAAGGAUUCAAGGCCAGCCAAAAGACCCCGUGUUGAAUUGGAGGAGGAUCAGGAAAUGGGGGAUGUUUCCUUUGCUGUCACUGAUCCACAAGAUUCCACAUAUGAUCCUGCACAGUCUGUUACAACUGAGACAGAAUCUUCACAGGUUUCGGCUUGUAAUGUCCACCCACGCAGAAGAGGGAUCUUCAUAGCCAUUGACCAGCUGUGCCCUCACUGUGACUUUUUUAGGCAGUGGAGGAGUCAGCCUGUCAUUGGCAGCACACCUGUGGGGAACCUUCAGUUGUCUGCUGCCAUCUAUUUUAGUGGAGCAUCCUUUUUGAAGAUGCAAAAGGUGUUUAGGGCGAUGUACCUGAAAACGCAUACAUAUGAUGCUUUUAGAAGACAUGCCAACACAUACCUUCAACCUGCUAUCAUCCACAAGUGGAAUGAAGAGCAAAAUUUGAAGCUACAAUACUUGACGCAGCACGACAGUGUCAUUCUUGGUGGUGACAUGCGAGCAGACUCGCCAGGACAUUCUGCGAAGUAUGGGAGCUACACCAUGAUGGACUUGCAGACCAACAACAUUGUAGACAUACAGCUGGUACAGAGUAAUGAGGUAGGGGGAAGCUACCACAUGGAAAAGGAGGGCCUUAGACGAAGUUUGAAUCGCCUAUCAGAAAGCGGUGUAACGUUGGACUGCAUUGUCACUGACCGUCACCCCCAAAUACAAAAGUUCCUGAAGGAUCGUAAAAUCAAACACUAUUAUGACGUCUGGCAUAUGGCUAAAGGGUUGUCAAAGAAGGUGGAGAAAAUUUCUAGAGAGAAAGACUGCAGUUUGGUGAAGAAGUGGCAUAAGAGUAUCAUCAAUCACCUGUACUGGUCUGCCACUAGCUCUUCUUCAGGACCAGAGAAGUUAGCCAAAUGGACCUCUAUCAUCAACCACAUUCAAGACAUUCACACACAUUCUGACCCAGCCUUCCCUAGGUGUAAACAUGCACAAAGAUUGUCUAAGGACCGUAGAAAGUGGUUUCAACCAGGUUCAAGAGCACUAAAUAGGCUACAGAAUGUGCUGAUUAAUAAAAGAGUCCUUUCAGAUGUGGAAAAGCUGAGCCCACAUUACCAGACAUCAACUGUAGAGUCAUUUCACAAAGUCAUCUUACACUUUGCACCCAAAAAUGUUGUGUUCCCCUUCAUCGGAAUGCUAUGCAGGUUAUAUCUUGCAGCAAUGCACUUUAAUGAGAAUGCUGUACGGCCACAACUGAGAACAUCUAAAGGGAAACUUGUGUACAAGCUUCUCUUUCCAAAGGCCAAAAAGGGAGGACAUACUGUCAAACCCGUAAAGACAGAGCCAACAUUUUGCUAUGUCACCAGCUUGAUGGACAGUGUUUUUGAAGAGGCUGUCUGUGAUCCCCUUCCAUUUCUGGAUGCCGUACAGCAGAUUCCUGUGCCUCCGUACCUGUCUGCUCAGCAUGACAGACCUUCCAUGGAGGAAGCUGUUGCGGAGCAUGUCACGUUUCAGUCAAGGGGGGGUCUGAAUCCGACAUAUUGCCCUGCAGCAUUAGGGAACUCCCUUCGUAUGCGCAGCACCACACAUGAGGGAAUGACAACACGACUCAAUUCCAAUGGUAAAGAUGUAAAGAUGUUUGAUCUUCAGUAUGAUCUGCUGGUGAAUAAGAAGACACAAUAG